GCACCUGCGAGACUACUAACCCGGGGUCCUAACCGACGUUCACACUUUCAAGAUGGCUGCUUCCAUCUCAGGAUUAUUAAAACCUUGGACGCCGAGAGUGUUCCUGGUGAGAUGGAGCAGAUACAACCCUUAUUAUCUGGAACCUGAAGUCAGCAAGGAGGCCUACAGCCGACCAGAGACGGAGCUGAGUGCAGAGGAGAAGGAACAGCGCGAGCUCAAGGCCCUCAGGCCCAUCAAGGCAGCCACCAGCGGAGUCUCAAGCUCGGUUUUUGAUGACCCAGUCAUCAGUAAAUUCAUCAACAUGAUGAUGGAACAUGGAAACAAGGUUUUGGCUAGAGAGAUAAUGACACAGACGCUGGAGAACAUAAAGAAGAAGCAGGUGGAGAAGUAUCACAAAGCUUCUGAGGGGGAGAGGGAAGCGAUCGAGUGUAACCCCUACGCCAUCUUUCACCAGGCUCUGGAGAACUGCAAGCCUGUGGUUGGGCUAGCCAGCAUACAGAAAGGUGGAAAAUACUACCAGGUGCCCAUUCCACUCACGGACAACAGGCGGCGCUUCCUCGCCAUGAAGUGGAUGAUCACAGAGUGCCGGGACAACAAACACAGACGCACGCACAUGUAUGAAAAACUCUCCCAGGAGCUGCUGGCGGCCUUUGGCAAAGAGGGCAACGUGAUGAAGAAGAAGUACGAGCUGCACAAGAUGGCUGAAGCCAACAGAGCCUAUGCUCACUACCGCUGGUGGUAGAAAGCAGCGAAACGGCGUCGACUGAAAUCUGAUGACUAACAGACUGGACAGAAGUCAGGUCAGCCGCACAGAGCCGCAGCAGCUCAAAGUGCUGAGACAUAAAAAUCAUUUGGACUGUAAAAUGCUGUCAGAGGGAUGAAGCGUGUAUAAAGAAGAACUGAACAUGGCUUACUGUCACUGUUGUAUUAAGGAAGCUGUACUGUGUACAAGUGUGUUGUAUUUGCAAUAAUAAAUGCAAAUAAUACAAACUUA